AGUUCGUAUAUAAUAAGGCGAGGAAUAGGUGAAUUAUAUUGAAACAUACUCGUAGAUUGGGACAUUGAAAAAAACUGCUUUUUGUAACCCAAAUGGAAAUUUACGCCCUUAGAAAUCUGAACUCGUAAAACAAUGUAUUUUCCCUAUUGGCACCCAUGGAAAACACAAUUUAUAUAAGCCUACAGUAAAUUUGAGAAGUAUUUUAGUUUUGCAUAAAAAAACUUUGGACAUAAAAAAAACAUCCACCAAAAAACAAUGGAUCGCCCUCUACCCAACCCAAAUAUUUACAAUUAAUUAAUGAUAUCGCUGUGUGGUGUCUGUUUGAAUACACAACAAAAACAAACAUAAUAUCGUAAUCGAGUUAAUCCAUAAGAUACUCAAUAUUCAUGUGCCUAUCGAUAUACACUCGUAUAUACUUUCUGUAUACACUCGUUUCGAUUAGUCGAUACCCGAUACUGCCGCAAGUACAUAAAUUCUCUACGAGUCAGUUUUUGUUGAGAGAAAAGAAAAACUAGAAAGCAAGACGAUUUUGGAAUAAUUGCAAAGCCAAAAUGGAUGAGGAGACCACAGUCUCAAUACACACGGUAUGCCGCACGUGCUUAUCGAACCUAAAUAACGCUGCAGCCUUCGAUCUGUUUUUUGUCCCCGGCCUGGCCAAGAAAUUGUGUAUUUGCACUUCGUUGUCGGUGGAACAGCAGGAUGGUUACCCGAAAAAUCUUUGCACCACCUGCUACAACCGCCUCAACGAUCUGCAUGACUUUCAAAGGCAAUGUGUGGAGUCCGUCGAGAAAUUUAAGGAUUUGGUGGUCAACAGCUGUUUCCAGCAGACCACUGAGGACAAUUUCAAUGUGACGAAUGUGGCUGAAGAGGAUUUAGAUCGCAGUACCUUUGACCCAUUGCUCAAUAGCAAACUGGAAAUCGAGAAUGAAGAGGAUGUGUUUAAGAUGAUCGAAGAUGUGGACAAGGAGUCGGAGGAAGAUGAGCAGCAACAGGAGCAACCGGAAGAAUUCGAUGACUUUGACAAUGAUGACGAUGAAGGGGACGCAGAUUUUCAGGCUGAUAGCAGCGACUCACAGGACUCGGUGCCGCUCUCGCGACGCUUUGCAACUAAGGCAACUAAACAAACCAAGCCCAAGAACAAAAAGAAAAAGAAGGAAUCAUCUUCCUCGGCCAGCGACACGGAGGACGAGGAGGAAGAGGCUAAACCCAAAAAGAAACGCAAGCGUACGCCGGCCUCCGAAGUGGGCAGUCGCAGUCUGCUCCAAUGCCACAUUUGCCAGCAGAAGUUCAAGAUGGCUACGCGCUUUGAAGAGCACAUGAAAUUCCACAACGACAAGCUACCCUUCCAGUGUCCCGUGGAGACCUGCAAGAAGGGUUUCACCUCGACCACCGGGCAGCGUCAUCACAUGGAGCACACACAUCCGGAACUGUGUAAACUACACAAGUGCACUGUCGAGGGUUGCGACAAGGAAUUCCCACAGACUCGCAUGCUCACCCAGCAUCUGCGCAAGGAACACAACAUUGCCAAACCCGAGAUACAUCCAUGCUCCGAGUGUGACAAGGUCUUCCGUUGUCCCACGGCACUCAAGAAGCACAUGUACAAGCAUACGGGCGAGGAGCUUCCCAUUUCGUGCAACAUCUGCGGCAAACGUUUCCACAUCAAUAGCGAACUUCGCGAUCAUUUACUGCGCCAUGCUGGCGUCAAGAAUCAUGUGUGUCCGUAUUGUGGGGUGGGCAAGACAACCCGCCAGGAGUGGAACAAACACAUCUUGACACACACCAAGGAGAAGCAAUACCAUUGCCGGCAAUGCGACCAUUCGUCACACAACAAACAGGCGUUGUCGAAUCACGUUAAAGUGGUGCACAUGAAGAUCAAGAACUUCGCCUGCCAAUACUGUGGCAAGACCUUUGGCAAGUCGCAUGCCUGUAAGCUGCAUGAAAGAUUGCACACGGGAGAGAACUGCAGUGAGUGCAAGAUCUGUGGCAAGGUCUUUCUCUUUGAAAAGCGUCUGACCAAGCAUCUCAAGACGCACGAGAAGCGCGAGGUUCCAGCAGCUGCCGGCGCAGCAAAGCCCAAAACAGAUGGGGAAGAUAAAAAGGACGAGAGCCAAGAGCCCGCCGAUGUCAAGCCGAUGCCUCCAUUACCAGCUAAGCCAAAGGCAUCGAAUCGCAUCGAGCGUGUGGACAUUUCUCAAUUGGCCGGCACCUCUGUCAAUCCCAUUCCGUCGGUCUCGGUGCCAUCCUGGUCGCCGCAAGUCAACUUCACCAAGAAGGAGGGUCAGCACAUUUGUCCAGGCUGUGGCAAGGGCUUUAAUCACAUUGGCAACAUGAAACUCCACUAUAAGGUCGUGCAUGAAAAGAUCAAGGAUUUCGCCUGUCGCUAUUGCCCGAAGCGCUUUGGCAAAGCUCAAUAUCUGCAGCAUCACGAGUACACACACACCGGAGAGAAGCCGUAUGGCUGCAAGAUUUGCGACAGGCAUUUCAGUCAUGGCUCCUCAUUGAGGAAGCACAUGCAAUCGCAUAAUAAGCCGCCUAAGGAGCCGAAGCCACCGAAACCCCAACCCAAGUCCACAGAGCCGCCAACGCCGCGAGUAAAACUGAAUAGACAACCAACCAAGAUCUAUGAGCAGUAUCAGGAUCCAGCUGCCGAGCGAGCCGCUGCUAGAGCUGAACUUAUUGCCCAACAGCAGGACGAACAUGAGGUGAAACGCAAGGCUGCGGAAAAGACGCGCAAGAUUCAGGAGGCUGCUUGUGAGCAGCUGCAAGAAUUGCAGCAACAGCAGCUUAUCGACAAGAUCUCCAGCGACUGCUUCACCGAAGUGAACUAUGAAGAUGCACAGAAGGUUGAGGCCCUCAAAGAAGAUCCCGCUUAUCUGCAACCGGAAGCAGCCUUCGAUCUUUUCCUUAACCACGGCCUGGCCAAGAAAUUGUGUAUUUGCACUUCGCUGUCCGUGGAGCAACAAGAUGGAUUCCCCACAAACAUUUGCACCACUUGCUAUAGUCGCCUCAACGACUUGCAUGACUUCCAAUCACAAUGCGUGGAUUCGGUACAAAAGUUCCGAGAGAUGUUGACCAGCAGCUGUUUUGUUAUUCGCACUAUUCCCGAUGACGACUACAGUGUGAUAAAUGCAGCGGAUCAGCAACACCUGCAGACUGAGUUUACUGUCGGAGAGCAUACACACUUUGAUCCGUUGCUAAAUAGCAAAAUAGAGAUUGAGAACGACGAGGAUGUCUUCAAGAUGAUUGAAGAUGCCGACAAGGAGUCCGAGGAAGAAGAGCCGGCAGCAGCACAACAAAUGGAUCAAGAGUUUAAUGAAGUAGAUGGCUCUGCAACGGACAGCAGUGACUUUGAUGAAACGCUGCCACUAUCGCGUCUUCGCAAAAAAGCCAUCAAGAAGAAGACUGCGGCGGAUGAGCCCAAAGCGAAACGUAAACGUUUGCCGCCCGCAGAACGAGAGCGACAUCGUUUGAUCGAAUGCCACAUUUGCAAACAAAAGUUCAAGAAGGCGCAGAACUACGAGGAACACAUGAAACACCACAACGACCAGCUACCCCAUCAGUGUUCCGUGGAAACUUGCAAGCGUGGCUUUACCACAGAGACUGGGCUGCGUCAUCACAUGGAGCACACGCAUCCCGAGCUGUGCAAACUACAUCCGUGCACGGUCGAGGGCUGCGACAAGAAGUUUCCACAGACACGCAUGUUGACACGACAUCUGCGCGUUGAGCACAACAUUGCCAAGCCCGAGAUUCACCCAUGCUCUGGUUGCGACAAGGUGUUCCGUUGUCCCAUGGCACUAAAGAAGCACAUGUAUAAGCAUACGGGCGAGGAGCUGCCAUUUGGUUGUAAUAUUUGCAACAAGCGCUUUAGUGUCAACACCGAACUACGAGAUCAUUUGCUGCGCCAUGCGGGGAUCAAGAAUUUUGUGUGCCCCUAUUGCGGCGUGGGCAGAACUACCAAACAGGAGUGUGACAAGCACAUCCUCACGCAUACCAGGGAGAAGAAGUUUUUCUGCGAGCACUGCGAAUAUGCCACGCACAACAAACAGUCGCUGACGAAGCAUGUUCGGGUGGUUCACCUGAAUAUCCGCAAUCAUCCGUGUCAGUACUGCGAUAAGACAUUUGCAAAUGCAUAUGCGUGUCGCACGCAUGAAAGAUUGCAUACGCGGGAAAGCUGCUUUGAAUGCAACAUCUGUGGAAUGAAAUUCCUGUUCGAAAAGCGAUUAACGAGGCAUCUAAAGACGCACGAGAAACGCGAUAAGCCGGACGAUGAUGUUGAUGAGGAGCCCACGGCCAAGACAGAGAACGCUGCUGUAGAUGAAGUGAAGGAAGUGUCACCUAUGCCGCCGAAGUCAAGAGAUCCACGUCGCGUCGAACUGGUGGAUAUGGCACAAUUAGCGGGCACCGCUAUCAAUCCCAUUCCAUCGGUCUCGGUGCCAGCUUGGCCACAUGUGAAUUUCACCAAGAAGGAGGGUCAAUUUAUUUGUCCGGAGUGCGGUAAGGCCUUCAAUCAUUUGGCCAACAUGAAGCUGCACUACAAGGUUGUGCAUCAAAAGAUCAAGGACUAUGCUUGUCGCUUCUGCCCCAAGCGCUUUAGCAAAUCCCAGUACCUGAAGUGCCAUGAGAAUAUUCACACUGGGGAAACGCCUUACUCUUGCCAAACAUGCGGAAAGAGCUUUAAGCAUUAUGGCACGCUUAGCAAACACAAACAAUCGCACAAUAAGCCACCCAAAGAGCCAAAGGCACCAAAGGAGCCGUUGGUCAGGAAACGUUUCUAUCAGGGUCCCAAAAUCAAAUUAAACACACAACCAGCGAAAAAUUACGAGCAAUAUGAGGAUCCAGUGGCCGAGCAGGCGGCGGCAACGGCUCAAUUGGUUGCUCAGCAGCUUAACGUGAGUGCCGCCAAGCUGAAGGCGGAAGCGGAGACGCAAAAGAUUCAAUCGGCUGCACAGGAGCAGCUCCAGAAGCUGCAGCAGCAGUGGCAAAGCGAAAAGGUUUCCUAUGACACCUUUGCGGGCAAAGGCAUUAACAUGGAUAUACCCAAGGAUCAUAAAAUGAGUGACGAAAAUUUGGGCAUAGCCCAGAAAUUCUGUCGCACAUGUAUAAAACAACUGUGCCAGGAUGACGCCUUCGACAUCUUCCUUGUGCCCGGGCUGGCCAAGAAAUUGUGUGUUUGCACUUCUUUGACCGUGGAGCAACAAGAUGGAUUCCCCACAAACAUCUGUCCCAGUUGCUACAAUCGCCUCAACGACUUGCAUGAUUUCCAAGCACAAUGUCUCAACGCUGUACAGCAAUUCAAGGAGAUGCUGCUGGCCUGCAGCAGCGGACACUUUAGCGUAGUGAAUGCAGCUGCUGACCUGGAGGGGGAUGUGGUUUUCGCGGAAUCGGAACACACACACUUUGAUCCACUACUGAAUAGCAAAAUUGAAAUUGAAUACGAUCAGGAUGUGUUCAAGAUGAUAGAAGCUGUCGACAAAGAAUCGGUGGAAGACGAGGAUGAAAGAGAGCAAGCAAAUGACAGCUUUGACGACGAGGAUAGUGGAGGCAUGGAAUUCGAAGCUGAUAGCAGCGACUCUGACUACACUUUGCCGCUUUCGAGCCUUAAAGGCAAGGGCAAAGACAUCAAGGAAACUAAGAAAGCUGGAAGCGAUAGGGUUGAGAUCGAAUCAAAGCCUAAGACGCAACGUUUGCUUGAGUGCCAUAUUUGCACGCAGAAGUUCAAGAAGACGUGCAUAUAUCAGGAGCACAUGAAACUGCACGAUGAUCAGUUGCCACAUCAGUGUCCUGUGGAGUCGUGCAAGAUUGGUUUUACAACGCCCAAUGGACUGCGUCAUCACAUUGAACACAUGCACACGGAACUCUGUCAAAUGCUUUCCUGCACGGUGGAAGGUUGCAACAAGCAAUUUCCUCUCAAACGCUCGUUGACGAGACACUUGAGAAUUAUGCAUAACAUGGCCAAGCCCGAAACGCAUCCGUGCUCGGAGUGUGAAAAGGUAUUCCGCUGUCCCAUGGCCCUCAAGAAGCACAUGUACAAACACACGGGCGAGGAGCUGCCCUUUUGUUGCGAUAUAUGCAAGCGACGCUUUGCCACCAGCACCGAACUACGACAUCAUUUGCUGCGCCAUGCGGGAAUCAAGAACUUCAUAUGUACCUAUUGUGGGGUGCGCAAAACCACUAAACAGGAACUGGACAAUCACAUUCUGACGCACACGAGGGAGAAGAACUUGAAGUGCGAUAAGUGUGAUUAUUUGACGCACUGCAAGCAAUCGCUUUGGAAGCACACACGCGUGGUGCACAUGAAGAUCAAGAAGCACGCCUGCAGCUACUGCGAGAAGACCUUUGGCAAUGCGUAUGCUCGACGAACCCAUGAGAGACUGCACACCGGAGAGAGUUGCUUCGAAUGUACGAUUUGCAGUCGGAUGUUUCUCUUUGAAAAAACGUUGACAACGCAUUUGAAGACGCAUGAGAAGCGGGAGAAACUGGAGGUGGAGAAAAAAGAGAGGAAGAAGAAAGUGAAGAAAGAGCCGGAGACGGUGAAGAAAUUGGGUGCACGAGUAGAGCGUGUGGACAUAGCACGUUUGGCUGGCACUGUUGUUAAUCCGAUUCCCACGGUGUCGGUGCCACCGCCAAAUUGGGAAGAUGUGGCACAUGUAGAUGGACAGGUCAUUUGUCCGGAAUGUGGCAAAAGCUUUAAUCGGAAGGAGGGCAUGAAGCUUCACUACAAGGUGGUACACCAGAAAGUCAAGGAUUAUAUUUGCCGCUUUUGUAGCAAACGCUUUGGAAGGCUGCAAUAUCUCAAGGCUCAUGAGAAUAUUCACACCGGAGCAACACCUUUUAAGUGCAAUAUAUGCGACAUGGCCUUUAAGGGAGACUCAGCCCUGUUUGUGCACAAAAAGAGAAAGCAUUGUCCUAAAAUAGCCAAGCCAGCCAAAGUGCCAAAGACGCCCAGGGCUCCCAAACCGAAGCCCCCAAAGCCAGCAAUAGAAUCUCAGCCUACAGAGCGAAGUAAGCGAUCUAAAACUAAACUGAAUAUGCAUCCGAAAAAUCAGAAUCAUGAACAAUUCGAGGAUCCAGCUGCCGAACGAGCGGCAGCCCAGGCUCAGUUGUUUGCCCAUCAGGAGAACAAGAAUGAGAUCAAGUUGAAGGCGGCCGAAGAGACUCAAAAGAUUCAAACGGCGGCACAGGAACAAUUGGAGAUAUUGAAGCGUCUAAGCGAAAAGAUGGCCCUUGAUAGUUUGCCCAGUGUAAAGAAUUGAUUGUAAUUAAUGCUUAUUGUACCUUAACUAUUUAUUCAUAUAAAACAUUUGUUUACAACUGACUUAUCAUUUGUUUACAACUUAACUUAUUUUCUAUUAACUGUGAUCAAAAGUAUACAUAAUUUUAGCGUAAGCUUUUAAUUCUCUUCUACGCUG